CUGAAUAUAUCGUGUGGAGGAAAGUAAAUCAAGCAAAUGUAUACAACUUUUCAGUCCUGUCGUGUUAUUGUGAUACAUCUCCGGAAGCUACAUAAUUUCAGAUAGUGUUGUAGAUUAAUCAAAACAAAUCAUGGCUAACGCCACUGACGACACUGAUUUGCGGAAGGUCAAAGUGAAUCGAAAGUUUUUAACAUCCAACAACAAGCCCCUCAAUUUUUAUUUGGAUGGUUUCGAUGUACUACAAUUCUUGGAGACUGCAACAAUUAUUCGUAAAUUCGGAGGAAAUAUCGCACCUCCAGAUGCAGAGACUGUCGUUUUAUCAAUGCCUGACUGCGUUCCAAAGACUGAUCAAUUACGUUUUCAUAUUGAUUGGCUGUAUCACAGCUUGAGGAAGGGUGAACUGCAGGACAUUGGAAGAUAUUUACUACCUGCAAGAUCAGCCACUGACACUCCCACGAGUGUCUCAUCCAAUAAAAGCUCCACUCAAUCCUUGCAUACUGUAAACGACUCCAUUUCAGACGACGAAAAUGCCCCCAACGAGCAGUCGAAUAUUGAAGAACCAAAGAAUACCUCUGUGAUUAAUAAGACAAUGGACGCCACGUCCAGGAUCGUUAUGGCUCGUCGACCUUCAACAGAAUUAGAAGUAGAUAAUAGUAAGGACGACGAGAAACUGGAGGAACGGUCCACGUCGUCUGAUAGCACGCAUUCUUCGAAUUCUGAUGAUGAUUCACCACCGCUCCUGUCCCCUGUACAAAGUGCAUCCCAGAGGUCUUCAAAAGCACUACAAGAAAUACCACCUUAUUGUCAGAUAAACAAACGAUCCUGUGUCCAGAUAAAGAAACCUUAUGUGCAGCUGUACAAUGCGCCUGCAUCUCUCCUGGAGAUUCUCCAUAGUCCAAAGAGUCUAAGAUCGGAUGGAAGAGGGAAAGAUCUGGCGACAUCAAGUGCAGAAAAAUCAUCCUCUGAUUUGUCGACUUCUCCCAAGAGAAAUGUUAAGGAUGAAUCUGUUGUUAAGAGAAUUCUGAUGACACCUGAUUCUGGUACUCAGAAACCACUGAGAACCGUAAAGAAGCGAGGCAUGAAGUUCAGAAAGAACAACAAUAUUCAUCUACGUCGUCGAUAUACGAAAGCAGAAGAUGAAAAGAUCAUCAAAUAUGUCACUACAGAAGGCCGCACUCAUCCAGCGCGACUAAUAAAUAUCUCCUAUGCAAUGCACUCUGCGGGGGUGCUGCCAAAUCGCACCUUUGAUAGCAUUCACACUCACCUCCAGAAGUUCAUCCAUAAGAUUCGUAGAUUCACUGAUGACCUGGACGUUAUUCAGCAGUUUGAGAGUCUCCGUUAAAACAGUGCAGCUCCAAGGAGAUUAAUGACAAAAAUUAAAAAAGUAAAUAAAAGCCAAUCCUUCAAAUUCGAUACAAAAUAUCGGGACAGUAUUACCUGUUUUUUAAAGUUUUCUCAUCUUAACAUUUCCAUACAUCUGAAUGAAUGUAAAUUUGGAACAAUGAACAUUAAUUGUUCGUAUAUAUUCAAUGAUAAUUGAAUUCUCAUUGAAAUCUACUGCAUAUCAAGCAGAAAAUAGAUUAUCAAACGUCGUGAGACUAUUGACUCAGAGAUUUUCAACGAGUGAUCCAUUAUUUAAAUAAUUGCAACAUUGAUAUAACAUAUAUGGAUCGCAUAACGUAAUUAAGUUGUCAUACGUUUCACCUUUCUUAUUCACUAAGUGGAAAUUUGCAAAAUGGUCUAUGAAAUAAAACAACCAAUUUAUUUCUAUUU